ACUGCCAUCCUCUGGUGUGCCAUUUGUGCCAAGAACAGUACGAGCAUCCAUGUUUACUGGACUGUUACCAUACGUUCUGUGCUAGCUGCCUCCGUGGAAGGGCCAUAGACAGCCGACUGACUUGCCCUCUCUGUCGAUCUAAAUGGUCAAACAACAUUGCCUGGUCAACUGUAUGGUGCCAGGGGCAUUUGUAGGAGAGAUUACCUUCAACAGCUGCAACGUAAACCAUGCCUUUGUGUUGGACUUAAUCGAAAGUCUCUGGGUAGAUUCUGCCAAGGCCACUGUGGUAUCAAACAAUAAACCUAACACUAUCUGACACUUGAAAUUGGAUACAUGAGUCCUGGGCUGGCUACAGUUAGAGAUGGCUGAAAUGCCUGUGUGCUCACCCUUCUGCUUCCAUAUAGUAAGCCUAGCACAAGCUUAAUCACACACUGUAGAUCUUGCACCUAUAAAAAAUGGAAAAAAGUUGGUGGUCUUUGUAAAGCAGCAUGUUAGAGCAUCAGUCCGUUGUGAAAGGAAUAAAUGCACUCCCCCCAGAGGAUCGACUCCUGAAGUUCUUGGUGGACAGUUCAGCAGACAGUGAGGAAACCGUGCAGUGUGCUAACUGUGAUUUGGAGUGCAAGAAACAGGAUGUGGAUGCAAUGUAUUAUUGCAACACUUGUUGCCAGCCACUGUGUCGAGACUGCAGGGAAACCACCCACAAAGCCAAGAUGUUUUCCUGCCACGAGAUUGUCUCCUUGGCAAAGCGCACCAAAGAAGCCCACAAAAAAUGUGCCCUCCAUGAGGAACUCUACAUCAUGUUUUCCACGGAGAAAAAGUCCAUGCUCUGCAUCAACUGCUUCAGAGACAUGCAAGUGGAGAACAGAGCACACUGCAUUGAUAUUGAGACAGCAUAUAUACAAGGCUGUGAAAAAUUGGACCAAGCCGUCUUAGCUGUUAAAGAGCUUCAGACGUCAGCGCGGGAAGCCAUUAUUCUGCUCAAAGCCAUGAUUGGAGAGGUCAGGGCCAAUGUGGAUGAAGAAGAGAGUGCCAUCUGCACUCUGUUCAAUAAUAUGCAGGAAAGACUAGCAGAAAGGAAAAAGAUUCUACUCAAAGCAGCACGAAGUCAGCAUGAGGAGAAGGAGAGAGCCUUCAAAGAGCAGUUAUCUCAUCUUGCAGCUCUCCUGCCAACUCUUCAGGUUCACCUUGUCACAUGUUCUGCCUUCCUAAGCUCAGCAAAUAAGUUUGAGUUCUUAGACAUGGGAUAUCAAUUAAUGGAGAGACUUAAGAAGAUUGUGAAACUACCACACAGGCUGAGACCAUCACAGAGCAGUAAGAUAAACACAGAGUAUCGCUCCGAGUUCGCUCGCUGCCUGGAGCCGCUCUUGCUGUUGGGGCAGCGGCGUUCAGUGUCCACUGCAGGGAGUGUGGCUUUAGGUCUGGGAAACGCCAGUGGACUGAUGCAAUCAUCUCUGUCAGUGCAGUGUCACUCUCCAUCCAUAAGCGACUUGUCACUGUGCUCCUCGGUGGUGCACAGGCCGACCUCACACCGUUAUAUCAGCACCAAGGUCCUGCUGGCGGAGGGCGGAGAGACGCCUUUUAUGGAGCACUGCUGCAACUAUGAGAACAGCUACAGGACUUUGCAGACAGAAAUCCAGAAGCUCAAAGACCAGGUGCAGGAGAUCCACAGAGACCUGACCAAGCACCACUCACUUACCAAACCUGACACCAUGAAUGAGAUUCUGGAGAGGUCUGUUCAGGUGGACAGACAGAUCUCAGCAGAGUACUCCUCAGUCGAGCUCAUGCGGGCCAUGUUCGAGGAGAUUUGGGAGGAGACGUUACAGAGGGUGGCAAAUGAACAGGAGAUAUAUGAAGCACAACUUCAUGACCUGCUUCAGUUAAAACAGGAGAACUCCUAUUUGACCACUAUUUCAAGACAAAUAGGCCCCUACAUUCACUCCAUAGCAAAAGUGAAAGAGCGACUGGAGCCCAGGCUGAAGGAGCCUAAAGAGCUCAAAGAUGAUCGCACAGAGAUCAUGCUGAAGCUGUAUGAGGACAGUACCUCUACUGUGGACACACAGCCCAGUAAUGAGCUGUCCUGUAACACUGGGGACAACUGGACUCUAAACAGCCUAUCAGAAGAGAGCAAUCCCAAGAACAAAGAUUACUACAGGCCAAACAAGCAGAAGAACACCACUGAUACAGCCAAUCGCAAAGAGAUACCAAUGUGAAACCGCUCUUGUGAGCUGUCAGUUUAGCAUCUACAUAUAUAAAUCUAAUUUACGGAAGCUUGGAAGAGAGAAAAACUACUAGUUUACAGUGCUUGUAUUUUAGAGAUUCACAGCAAAUAAACAUCAUAAACAGUGUUUAUUUUAAAGGUUUGUUACAUUUUGCUGAAGAUGUUAAUAAUGUUAGCGGUACAGUUAUCAUACAAGAGGUAGGGUGGUCCUCUCCCAUUAGCUUUUGCACAAGCCUAGUGCAACUCUUACAUCAUAAAAACCUAUUGCAUGUGUUCAAAUGUCCAUUAUCUGUACGCAUAUAUUAUAGUGCUCGUCAUUGGUUAAAAGUGCGCAAGAAAUUCCUAUUCUUCACCCAAUGUCUAUAUAAGCUACAUCAUGCCAGGAGAAGAGUGGAGCCUUCCUCCCAGAAAUGUAAAAUCGGAAAGAUUAAGACUUUGGAUACAGCAUAAACCUUCAGCGAGCAUUCGGCCCUCUGAUGUACCACCUUCGUAGAAACCGAUUUUCUUGUUGUAUUAUCAUGCAAGUGUGAAAGUGUGCAAGGAAAGUGACAAGACAUGGAUCUGGUAAUGAGUGAGUGCGUGAAGACGAAAAGACACUAAUGCAUUUGAGAUAGACGACAGGACAUAUGCAUAAGUGGGGAACAAAUAAUCAAAAGAGGAAUUAAGCCUGUAAUUUAUCACACCUUUAUUUUUCUAAUCAUAAUAUUAAAAUUGUCCAACAGC